GUCUCCUCCGCCGCCGCUUCCUCUGGGUUCAUCGCCGUCAACAUCCUAACUUCGCUUCAACACCGUCGAGCUCUUUAGCAUACCUUCUCCCUCGGUUUUGCUUCUCUUACGACAGCUGCCAACAUGGCCCAAACCACAGAGGGUGUGACGGAGUCUGUUGAGGCCGUGCAGUUCAGCUUCAUGACGGCGGAAGAGGUUCGAAAGCAUAGCUUUUUGAAGGUUACGAAUCCCUUCUUGCUUGACCACCUGGACCGGCCGACUCCUGGCGGAUUGUAUGAUCCGAUGAUGGGGCCACUAGAGGAUAGGGCACCUUGCAAAACAUGUGGCCAGACAAAAUUGAAUUGCCCGGGUCAUUGCGGUCAUAUCGACCUUGUUUCGCCUGUUUACAAUCCCUUGAUGUUCACUUUUCUUUACAACAUUCUGCAAAGGACCUGUUUGUUUUGCUAUCAUUUUAAAGCAGAUCCGGAAGAGGUUAAGAGAUGCGUUUCUCAACUGCAACUCAUUGCCAAAGGAGAUGUUGCUGGUGCACGAAAACUAGAUCCAGUUCCUGGUGAUAAGAAAAAGGAUUCAUAUUCUGUUUCUGUAUCCGAAUACCCAGAGGAUAGUGAAGGAAGCCACACAUCAUGUUCUACAGUACAUUCAAGUCAUGCAGAUCAGAAUUGUGAUUAUUCACAGCAGCAAAAAUGGACCUCUCUUCAGUUAACUGAAGCAAUGUCAAUUUUAAACAAAUUUUUGAAGCUCAAAUUCACCAAGUGUAAGAGAUGUAUGGCAAAAAGUCCUAUUCUCAGGAAACCAACUUUUGGAUGGCUUCACAUGAGUAAUGAUAAGACGGGUGCCAAUGCUAGAGAAAAUGUGAUGAGAGGGAUAAAGACGAGGGACACAUUCUCUGGUGAAGCUGGAUCUGAGGUAGAAGACACCGAUAAUAUCACUCUUUAUGAAAGUGAUGCGGAUAAUCCCAAUGCUGACCACCAUGGGGGUAAAGGUGGUGGCUCAAAGGAUCAUAAAAGGAAUAAUGCGGAAGUCCUUGCUGAGUUCAUGAAGCAGAGGGGCAAAUUUUCAGGACCUUUGUUGCCAUCAGAGGUUAAAAAUAUCAUAAAACUUUUGUGGGAAAAUGAGGUUGAUCUUUGUUCCUUCAUCACUGAUAUCCAGCAGCAGGGGUUUGGGAAUAAAGCAGGUCACUCUAUGUUCUUCUUAGAGACUGUUCUUGUACCUCCUAUAAAAUUUCGUGCUCCAACUAAGGGAGGUGAUUCUGUAAUGGAGCACCCUCAAACUGUUUUACUAAAUAAGGUUUUGCAGUCCAAUAUAGCAUUAGGAAAUGCUAACACAAGUAAAUCAAAUCAGUCACGAACAAUAGUUAGUCGGUGGAUGGAGCUGCAACAAUCCAUAAAUGUGUUGUUUGAUACUAAAACUGCCACAGGUCCAGGUCGAAAAGAUGUUGGUACAGGGAUUUGUCAGUUGCUGGAGAAAAAGGAAGGCAUGUUCCGCCAAAAAAUGAUGGGAAAGAGGGUUAAUUUUGCCUGCCGAUCUGUCAUAUCCCCUGAUCCCUAUUUAGCAGUUAAUGAGAUUGGAAUUCCUCCAUAUUUUGCACUAAGGUUAACCUAUCCAGAGAGAGUGACCCCCUGGAAUAUGGCAAAAUUGAGGGAAGCCAUUAUAAAUGGGUCUGAAAUUCAUCCUGGAGCUACACAGUAUAUCGAUAAGUUGUCUACCCAUAAGUUGCCUCCUAGCCGAAAAGCCCGUAUUUCCAUAUCAAGAAAAUUACCUUCCUCAAGAGGUGCUGUCAUUCAACCUGGAAAGAAUUCUGAUUUUGAAUUUGAAGGCAAAACUGUUCUAAGGCACCUGCAAGAUGGAGAUGUUGUGCUUGUAAAUCGACAGCCUACACUUCAUAAGCCCAGUAUAAUGGCACAUAUAGUUCGUGUUUUGAAGGGGGAGAAGACAAUUCGCAUGCACUAUGCAAAUUGCAGCACAUAUAAUGCUGAUUUUGAUGGAGAUGAAAUGAAUGUACAUUUCCCACAAGAUGAAAUAUCUCGUGCUGAGGCAUACAACAUUGUUAAUGCAAACAAUCAAUAUUGCAAGCCCUCCAAUGGUGACCCAAUCAGAUCCUUGAUUCAGGAUCACAUUUUAAGUGCUGCACUUCUCACAAAGAAGGAUACUUUCUUGAGCCAUGAUGAGUUUAAUCAGCUUCUUUAUAGUUCUGGUAUCUCUAGUUUGGGAUCAUCUUCUUCUUCUGGUAAACCUGGCCAGAAAGUGAUCUUUUCUAGUUCUGAAGAAGAGAUUUUGCCCAUUGUACCAGCAAUCUGGAAACCAGAACCUCUUUGGACAGGGAAGCAGGUAAUUACUGCUGUGCUAAAUCAUAUUACAAGUGGUCGCCCACCAUUUACAGUUGAAAAAAAUGCAAAACUUCCGGGUGAUUUUUUUAAGAGAAAAAGUAGGGAAGCUGAUCGAAUCAAUAAGGGUGGUGAUGUCAAGUCAAAGAUAAAAGAGCCUGAUGAAGAUAGAUUGUUAAUUUACAAAAAUGAUUUGGUCCGUGGUGUGAUUGACAAAGCUCAGUUUGCUGACUAUGGUUUAGUACAUACAGUUCAAGAGCUCUAUGGCUCAAAUACAGCAGGCAGCUUGCUCUCAGUGUUUAGUCGUCUCUUCACAGUUUUUCUUCAGAUGCAUGGUUUCACAUGCGGUGUAGAUGACCUUUUGAUAAUGAAAGAUAAAGAUGUUGAAAGGAAGAAGCAACUUGAGGAUUGUGAAAGGAAAGUUACAGAAGCACACUAUAAGCUUUUUGGUGGAGAUGAUGGUGCUAAAAUAGAGAAAAGGGAAUUACAAAAUAAAAUUGAAAAUACCAUACGGUUUUACGGGGAAGCUGCUGUGUCAGCCUUGGAUAGGAAGGUCACAAAGGUACUUAAUGAGAACUCAAGCAGAGGUGUUCUCAGUGACUUGCUGACCGAGGGGUUAUUAAAAUCCACCGGAAAGAACUGCAUAUCUCUUAUGACAACAUCUGGUGCCAAAGGUAGUAAGGUUAAUUUCCAACAAAUAUCUGCUUUUUUGGGCCAACAAGAAUUGGAAGGUAAACGGGUUCCUCGCAUGGUUUCUGGUAAAACAUUACCCUGCUUCCAUCCAUGGGAUUGGGAAGCUCGGGCUGGAGGUUUUAUAAGUGAUCGGUUUUUAAGUGGUCUUCGCCCUCAAGAAUAUUAUUUCCAUUGCAUGGCUGGACGUGAAGGGUUAGUUGAUACAGCAGUUAAGACAUCUCGCAGCGGAUACCUGCAAAGAUGUCUCAUAAAAAACCUUGAGUGCUUGAAAAUAAGUUAUGAUUACACUGUCCGCGAUGCUGAUGGUUCCAUUGUUCAAUUUCAAUAUGGAGAAGAUGGUGUCGAUGUCCAUCAAACCAGUUUUAUCACCAAAUUUGAAGCACUGGCAUUGAAUCAAGAUAUGCUCUCUGAAAAAUUUAGUCUUCAGCUCAGAGAACCAAAUAAGUACAUAACAGAUUUGCCCAAAAGACUCAAGAAGAAGGCUGAUGAAUUCAUUGAUGGAUACUCCUUGAAGGGGAAAGGUUCUUCUCACCCAGUGAAACGAAAACACUUCUUGAAGUUGAUGAAGCACAAAUUCUUUGCAAGUCUUGCACAGCCCGGAGAACCCGUGGGUGUUCUUGCUUCUCAGUCCGUAGGAGAACCAUCAACCCAGAUGACGCUGAACACUUUCCAUCUUGCUGGGAGAGGUGAGAUGAAUGUCACACUUGGAAUCCCACGUUUACAGGAGAUCUUGAUGACUGCUUCAGCUGAUAUAAAGACUCCACUUAUGACGUGCCCUUUACAAGAGGGUAAAACAAAGGAGGAUGCAAUGCGACUCGCUGAUAAACUGAAGAAAAUCACAGUGGCAGAUAUAGUAGAGAGUGCAGAAGCAUCUGUUUCUUAUGCUGAUUCUGAUGGCCAGAGCUGUCGUGUAUAUAAGCUCAGGAUGAAGCUUUGUAAGACUGAACAGUAUCCCAAGUACACUGAUAUUACAGUAGAAGACUGGCAGGACAUAUUAGAGGGUAAAUUUUUGAGGGAGUUGGAAGAUGCCAUAGAAACCCAUGUUCGUUUGCUCUCUAGAAUCAGCGGCAUAAAAAAUUUUGUGCCAGAGUCACAGCCAAAUGCUUCAGAUGAGACAGAUGAAGAUGUGUCUGGUGGCCGAUCACGCAGCAAUGAGAAUGAUGAUGAUGGUGAUGAUGCAGAUAAUGAUGAUAAGGCUGAGGACCUUGGUUUAGAUGCAAAGAAACAAAAACAGCAAGUUACUGAUGAGAUGGAUUAUGAGGAAUCAGAAGAGGAACAAAGUGAAGGGGGAUCAGUGGCAGGAUCUGAAAGCGAAACUGGUCAGUCUGAGGAUGAGGAUGGCGUUAUUGAAAAUGAUGCAACUGGAUUAGAUGAAGGCAUGGAUGGGAUUUCUGAAAGUCAACCCAACCCUCCAAAGACCCCCAAGUCUAAAUCAGGGAAAAGGAGGACUAAAUUAGAACCCAAUAAAAAGAAGAAGAGAUCAAAUUUUACUCGUAAAAAGAAUGAUAGAUCAAUUUUUUGUGAAGCAACAGGGUGUGAUUGUGAUCGGAAAAGAGAAGUGCAUCAGAUGCAUUAUGAGGUGCAUUUCGAGUUUAAAAGUGAGGAUCCUCAUAUUUUACUGGCCGAGAUUGCUAAGAAGACGGCUGACAAGGUUUAUAUCCAAAGUUCUGGAAAGAUAAAUCAAUGCCAAGUGAUCGAUUGCAGUGAGAAUCAAGUUAUUUACUAUGGUAGGGAUCCCAAUGAAAGGAGGGAUAUCAAAGCAGAUGAGAAAAAGAAAAUACCUGCUUUGCACUCAAGUGGAAUAGACUUCCGUGCAUUUUGGGACAUGCAAGAUCAUCUCGAUUUGAGGUAUUUAUAUUGCAACGACAUUCAUGCAAUGCUAAAUACAUACGGGGUGGAAGCUGCCAGAGAAACCAUCAUCAGGGAGAUCAAUAACGUUUUCACUUCUUAUGGAAUCUCGGUCAAUAUCCGGCACCUAACACUAAUAGCUGACUUCAUGACUCAUUCUGGUGGGUAUCGACCAAUGAGCCGAUUGGGAGCUAUAGCAGAUUCAGUAUCACCAUUCAGCAAAAUGUCUUUUGAGACAGCGUCGAGAUUCAUCGUUGAAGCAGCUAAACAUGGGGAGACCGACAACCUGGGAACGCCAUCUGCAAGGAUCUGUCUGGGGUUGCCAAUUAAGAUGGGCACAGGAUCUUUUGAUCUGAUGCAGAGAAUUGAGGUUUGAUGUAUGGUAUAUGGAGCAAGCUAGUUUUAGCCAAGUCUGCUUCACACUGCAGAAGAAAUUGUGAGCUACCAUAGCAGAUUCCUGAGUUUUUGCCGUAAAUUUAUCUAAUUCUUCUCAUCCUUGGGAAAUUUUGUUUCAAGAUCAUAUUAGUUUAGCUGAUCAAGGUGUUCUCAUACAGUUGGUUUUGUAGUGAGUUUUUUCAAAAAAAAAAGGAAAGAUUUUGAGGCGACGGUUGGGUCACGGUGUUUUGCAUCCUAAAAGUGAUUAUUAUAGUUUUGUCAUCAGGUGUAUCUAAAACAAACAGUUACUAAAAUUCCAUUGUUUUGUAUGUACUCAAACUCAGAAGAAGAUUUCUAAUAUUUAUAUGUCAAAUCAACUUACUUAAUCGCA